AUGUUUCUUAAAGAAGCUUUUUACGGGACGAUUUUUGUGAGAUUUGAACUGUACAGUCCAUCGAUUCAGCUCAAAACUCAAAGUAAAGUGUUCGAUCUGCCUUUAGAUCAAAACUGUGCAUUUUGGCCUGCAGGCCAUAUUGUGUCAAUGCCGUGGAAGGAUAUCACAUUAUCAACGACAAUAGGUGUGAAGGCUACGAGGGAGGCCGAUACGAAAAUUACUUUCUUCCUAAAAAAUAUAAGACAUUCUGGCGAUAAUGUAAUACGGUGCUCCGACACUGAAAUUUUGAUGAUACUUUUGGGAAAUUUGGCCCACAUUCCACAAUUAGGCAGCCAGCUGUAUGUCAACGUUACCUCUGUAUAUGAAGUACACUUUCUGCGCGGAUUUGCUAGCGUUUCACGAAUUCACUGGUUGUGA